AGAUUAUGAAAUUCCGCUAAUUCCGAGUUAUUUCGAAAUCGAAAUAAUGUAACUUCUAAAGCAUCCAUGCAGAAACAGGGUAACAAUUACACUCUUAACAAAGAUAUGAAAUCCUUUCACAAAUCCGCAAUCACCUUCUCCAAAAUCCAAUACUGCAACUUCCACCAUUUCAAAUUUUCCGAUCACCGCAGAUUCUCCGGCAAAUUUUCCGCCUCCCAAUCUCACCGAACAAUCCCACUCGACCCGAAAGAAAUCGCACUCCAAGUAUCGAACUGCGCCAAUUUGAACCAACUCCGCCAACUUUUCGCCCGCGUAAUCAGGACCCAUUUCCUUCAAUUCUAUCCCGAUUCCUUCCACUACAAUAACAUCAGCAGAAUCUACACCAGGCUGAACUCGCCGACGGAGGCGCUGCAUGUUUACAUCGCCAUGUGCCGCGCCGGCGUCCCGCCCGACAAUUUCACGCUCCCGAUCGUUCUGAAAGCCGCCGGCCAGAAUCUGAACCGAACGUUUGCGGAACAAGUACACGGGGUUUCGAUUAAGUACGGCCUGGAGAAUGACAUGUACUGCGAGAGCGGUUUGAUCAGCGUCUACUCUAAAGCUGGCCUAGUCAGUAGUGCGCGCAAGGUGUUUGUGAAUAGUACUGACAGAAAGCUGGGGUCUUGGAAUGCUAUUAUAGGAGGUUUGUCGCAAGGAGGGCGUAGUAAGGAGGCCAUAGAUAUGUUUCAAUCAAUGAUGAGAGAUGGUUUUCGACCCGACGAUGUCACCAUGGUUAGCGUGACGUCGGCCUGCGGAAGUUUAGGCGAUUUUAAUUUAGCCCUUCAACUGCACAAGUGCGUUUUCCAGGCCAAAAAUCCGGAAAGAUCGGAUCUUUUGAUGAUGAACUCGGUUAUCGACAUGUACGGAAAGUGUGGCAGAAUGGAUUUGGCUUGCAAAGCUUUUGUCACAAUGGAGGACAAGAAUGUGUCUUCGUGGACUUCCAUGAUAGUAGGCUACGCUACACACGGGCAUUUCAAGAACGCACUCGAAUUCUUCCGGGAGAUGGUAGAAUCUGGCGUGAGGCCUAAUCACGUGACAUUCGUCGGAGUCUUGACUGCGUGCGUGCAUGGUGGGAUGGUGCAAGAAGGGAGAUAUUAUUUCGAAACGAUGAAAAUUGUGUACGGUAUUAAGCCCGUUUUGCCGCAUUACGGAUGCAUUGUGGAUUUGCUCGGGAGGGCGGGUUUGAUGGAAGAGGCGAAGGUGAUGGUGGAGGAAAUGCCGAUGAGAGCGAACGUGGUGAUAUGGGGGUGUUUGAUGGGUGCGUGCGAGAAGUACGGAGAUGUGAAAACGGGGGAAUGGGUGGCUAAGCACUUGAUAGAGAUGGAACCGGAUAACGACGGUGUGUAUGUGGCUUUGUCGAAUAUUUACGCGAGCCAUGGUUUGUGGGAGGAAGUCGAGAGAUUGAGGGGAGUUAUGAAGGAGAAUAAGUUGGCUAAAAUUCCUGCUUAUAGCUUGCCUUAGAAAUAAGUUUGGGAAUGAAGAUUGAUUGGCUCUGCAUACUCUAUGCUUUGAAGCUCUCUCAUUAAAUUGAGAUUUUUAAAUCGAUUUAACAUAAGAGGGACUUGUGGUCUUGGUUAUAUAAGUUUCAAUACUUUUUCUUCUGUAUUCAGAUCCGAUCCGUUGUUGGCGCCGAUCGGCGGUUUUAUGGCGGCGGUGGCAAGUUGAAGGCGGUCCUCCGGCGAAACUUUGUCUACUUGAUCUUAUUGUGUACCUACCUCCCAUAACACUUGAUUAUUAUGAUCAUAUUUUUUUUCAUACGAACUCUGAUUUUACUGAUUCAAGUUGUAUUUGGAACACCUUCACAAAAUAAUGAAAUAUACAACUUUCAUUUUUUUUUA